AUGGCCCAUCUUACCCCAGAGCAUAUCUUGCACCUUUACGAUACCUUCGGAGAGCUCAGGGUGCUCGAUGAUAUCAUCCGUCAUCGUUCAAAAGACAAUCCUCCUGCUCCUAUCUUGGGAUAUCCCAGGGUUGAAGAUAAUCCAAGCGAUUAUGAAACCUUCACUGGUCAGCAGCUUGAUUCAUUUGUCGAUGCUGCCUGCAAAUACUUCAUUAAGAAUGGUCUGAAGCCUGGUGGAAAUAGAGUCAUUGGCCUCUACUCUCCGUCCAAUGUAGACUUUGCCGUCACCUUCUUCGCCCUUAGCCGUUUGGGCUACACUGUCCUUUGCCUUUCCCUUCGUAUAGCACCCAUAGCUAUUAUCAACCUUCUUAAGCAAACAAACUGCGAAGUUAUAAUCCGUGGUGAUACCUCUCAGAUCGCUGCUACUUGUGAUGCCGUCGCACAAGAAGCUACUUUAAGAUCAAUCGUUAUUCCCAUGCGCGCCCAGUAUGGAAUACCACGCCCAGCAAACGAGAAGCCAUUUACAAGAGAAUUUGAUCGUGAAGUUGAGACCAAUGAAGUCGCUAUUGUCAUGCACAGUUCCGGAUCCACUGGUCUACCUAAACCAGUCUUUCUUACACACAAGAAUGUCUUGACUCAUCCGGUGCAAGGUGCUGGAAUGCACAACUUUGGCGCACUUCCAUUAUAUCACAUGUACGGUCUCUCAACAACACUCCAAGCUAUGUACAUGGCAAAGAAGGCAAACUUGCCUAGUGCUACUCUGCCAAUGACAGCAGAUAACCUUAUGCUUGCAAUCGAAGCAACACAGCCUGAGGUUUUCCACGCUGUACCAUAUGCUUUAGGACUCUUGACCGAGCACCCAAGAGGUAUGCCAUAUCUUAAGCAAGCCAAAAUUGUCACUGCUGCUGGUGCUCGUACUCCAGAUGAGCUUGGCGAUCUAUUAGCCUCAGAGAAGGUUAACAUUGGUGUCGUGUUUGGGACUACUGAAGCAGGUCUUCUCGGUGAUACUAUGCGCCGUGCUGAAGGAGAUGACUCAUGGAAUUACGUGCGAAUCUACUCAAACAUCAGAAGUUCUAUCUACAUGGACCCUAUAGGAGACAACCAAUUUGAGUGUGUCUACCUUAAGAGUCAUCCAGGAUUGUCUGUCUCAAACUCAGAUGAUCCCGCACCUGGUUCAUGGCGCUCAAAGGACGUUUUUGAGCCCCAUCCAACCAUUCCAGAUACUUGGAAAUACGUGACUCGUCUUGAUGAUCGUGUCACCUUGAGUAAUGGAGAGAAAGUUCUCCCACUUCCAAUUGAAGGUCGUCUUCGUCAAGAAGAAAUCAUUCGUGAAGCCGCCGUCUUUGGUGUAGACAGAGCUAUUCCAGGUGUCUUGAUAUUCAGAGCUUCCGAUGAGUUACCAGAUGACGAAUAUCUCGAGGCUAUCUGGCCAGCUAUUGUUGACGCCAACUCGCGUGCCGAGGGCUUCUCUCAAAUCACGAAGGAGAUGGUUGGUCUCGUACCAUCAGAUGUCGAAUACCCUAGAACAGACAAGGGAAGCAUAAUUCGUGCACAGAUCUAUAGGAAGUUCGCCGAGAAGAUUGAUGAAUUAUAUGACAGUCUUGAUGGUGACGCAGAGGGAACUCUAAAACUUGAUCUCGCAGGCAUCGAAACUUUCUUGACCGAGACCUACGAAGACAUUACUGGUCACCCUCUCGAAUCUGUCGAUACCGAUUUCUUCAAUGCCGAUAUUGACAGUCUGAGAGCCAUCCAAAUGAGACGCAUUAUCCAAAAGACUCUCGACCUCAAUGGCCAACAAUUGAGUAGCAACGUUGUUUACGAACAUGGAACUGUCAGGGCUCUGGCACAAUACUUAUUCUCUCUCAGCUCCGGUGAAAGCGAGCAAGAUAAAGACAACGUUCCGCUGAUGGAAUCAUUGAUUCAGAAGUACUCCACAUUCGGAGAAGUUGUGAUCUUGACUGGUGCUACUGGUUCCUUGGGAGCCCAUGCCUUGUACCAGAUGGUGAACAGCCCCAACUUUAGAAAGGUGUACUGUCUUGUUAGAGGAGAAAAUCCUAUGGACAGAGUGAUGAAGUCUAUCAAAGACCGGGGAUUGUCUCUCACUCCAGCCGCAAAAUCUAAGGUUGUUGCAUUCACUGCUGACCUUGCCCUGACUGAUCUUGGUCUCGGAAAAGCUAUGAUUGAGCAGUUCAAGACUGAGGUAUCUCUCAUUAUUCACUUGGCUUGGUCUGUCAACUUCAUCAUUGGUCUACAAAGUUUUGAACCUCAUCUUGCCGGGUUAAAGAACCUUUUGGAUCUGUCUCUCGCAGUCUACCGUUCAGAGCCAGCCCGUCUAUUCUACGCUUCCUCCAUCUCUACGGCUGAGAACACACCAGCACCCGCUCUUAUCCCAGACGCGCCAAUUGAAGACUUCCACAACGCAUUAAAUAUGGGUUACGCUCAAUCUAAACUGGUUGGCGAAUACAUGGUCUUGAAUGCUGCUCGCGGAGGAGCACGAGCUUACGCUCUCCGUAUCGGACAGAUUGUUGGAGAUAGAGAUAAUGGAUUCUGGAACGAAGCUGAAUUUGUGCCCUCCAUGAUCAGGUCCGCACUUUCCAUGAAAGCUCUUCCAAUAUUCCACGAGAACUGCUCAUGGAUUCCAGUCGACACCCUCGCCACUGCUAUCCUUGAGAUUGACGAGAAACUUAAGGCACUUCCCCGACCAUGCGCUAUUGACAGCACCAAUCCUCCUAUUGUCUACAACAUGGUUAACCCUGCCACUUUCACCUGGGAAGCACUUCUCGGCGAACUGUCUACUGCCGGUCUCGAUUUCGAAGCUAUUCCUUUCGGAAAUUGGUUACAAAAGCUUAGAGAGUCAGCUGCCAAUGGCCAAGAGGAACAAAAUCCAGCCGUCAAACUCUUGGAUCAUUUUGAACAGCGAUAUCUUCAAAGUAACAACGGCCAUGGCUACAGUGGUGCAGAGGCUAGUGCAAGCUCAAGCGGUACUAGCAGUCCUCGAAGCAGUGUCUCGGGUACUUCAACACCAACUAGCAAGGGAACAAGUAUUAGCGAUUAUGAAAUCGUCGGAGUCACAUUUGACACCAAGGCCAUAUUGAGGGACAGUAAGGUUUUGCAAAGCCCACCUGAUAUUAUUCAGGAUGGCUAUGUAAAGCAAUUUUUGAGCCAAUGGUUGAAGAAGUGGGUUAAGUGA